AGUAGGUGUGAUAAAUAGCGGCGGUUGCCUGGCGCUGGCAGUGUGUGUACAGUGUGGGGCUGGGGGAAGUCACGGCGGUGGAUCUAUCUGGAGUUAUCAUGGGAGUCACGAGGGUCGAGAGCGACGAUGCCCCCGUCUACAGCGGGAGAUUUACAGACCGUUCUCCGCAUAUCCGCACGGCUGGUAAGCUAUUUCCUAGUGGAGACAGAGCUUCUAGCUGUUUCGCUGAAAUCCUCCCAAUGCCUACUACCCCACCUGUCGUACAAAAGUUUCUUAAUACGAGGCGGCCAAAUCCAGGAGUUCAAACUGUUUUCUAUGGAAAAGCAAAUGAUCCUGACGUAGCAAGUUCUAUGACUCAUGGCGUGAGGUCCCGCCCUUUGCUAAGUGCUGCCUCAUUAAUUAAUGUGCCAUCAAACACCUUUUUUCGGCAAAAACUAAUUGAGAAGAGAGAAUCCUUAUAUUCUAGUCGCAGACGAGCUCCCCUAGGAAAAUCAAGUGAUCCAACAGGUGCAUUUCCAGCUACCAUGGAUCUCAGUGAAGCUACAUUUGGACGAAAAUAUGAAAGAGGUUUAUCAGCUUCUGUUCUUAUUAAUCCACCUAAAUCCUUGCAAGAAAUAUAUGAAGAAUCAUGCCAAGGACACAAGAAUUAUAUUAUUUCACAUAAUGAUUAUGAUGUUGGUGAAAUAAAAGACAGAAACUAUGACUGGUCAAAUUCACAAAAGGACAGAAGGUUUGGAAUGUCAACUCCUCACUUCAAUGAUGGCAGAAAUGUAGAACGAACCUUAAGAUGUCUUCAUGAAACUAAAAUGAAAGAAGGCAGUAACAUAGUUUCAAAAAGGUUCGAUGACUUCCAUGAACGAACGCAUUAUCAACUUGGGAAAGUUUUGCACCCGAUUGCAGAUAUUCUGAAAGCUCCACCAUCUGAUCAUAUCUUUGGAAAGUAAUACUAGCCUGACUAAUGUAUUAAAACAUGAUAAUGAUGUCAUUUUAAUGUGCUUUAUAUUUCUAUGGGGCUGCUAGAAUGCCAAAUAUAGACUUCUGGAGCUUGGCCUCAGUAGCCAUCUUCUAAUGCCAUCUUCAGAUUACAUUAGCCCAGAGGUUCCCAAACAUUUUUGCUGUGCCCUAGAGUGUCAGAAUUUAUUUUCACGCCACUCCUAGACCAAAAGGGUCUUAUUGAGAAAUUCAGAAAAAUAUAUUAAAUUAAGUAAAUUGUAUUUAUAUGUCAUUAUUAGAUUCAGUUAUGUGGUGAGGGAAAGGAUUCACUUCUGUUUGUCCACAUAUUUUAUGAUUGGAAGUCACAAGCACUGGUUUUGCCUAUUACAUUGACCUUAAAUAAUUUGAGUUGGACCUGGACCACCAACCUGAGGUAGCUCUGCAAGUGCCCCAUCGCCCCAAGUUUUGGAACCACUGUGUUAACGAUUAUAGCCUAUGAGUUUUAUUCUGUAAUAUAGUGCUUGAUAAUCAGGCGCUCUGAUAUAAGGCACAAAAUAAAGCUGUUGGUCACCCAA